AUGAUGAUGCAAGAAUGUUGGCAAAGAGGAUACCAAUGGGAUGCACCACUUGAUCAAGAAUUGCAGAACCGAUUUAAAACCUGGUAUAAUGAAAUUCCUAAAUUAAAAAAUGUUGAAAUUCCAAGACAUUAUUUCAACAAUCUGUCAAAAGACUCAAAUGGAAUACUCAGAGUAGGAGGAAGGCUUCAAAAUGCUGGGUUAAGCUAUAAUCAAACAUACCCAGCAAUACUACCUGAGAAGUCUCAUUUCACAGAUCAUAUCAUUAAAGAUUGUCACGAAACGCAAGGACACGCUGGUGUAGCUGAAACUUUAACUCAAAUUAGGGAAAAAUUUUGGAUACUUAAGGGUCGACAGCGUGUAAAGAGUAAUAUUAACAAGUGUGUGAUUUGCUACAGAUUUAAAGCUAAGCCACUAAGUCAGGAUAUCGCUCCUUUACCAACCGAAAGAAUAACAGAGGCAAAUCCCUUCGAAGUUGUAGGACUUGAUUUUGCUGGUCCUAUGAGUACAAAGGAUGAAACUGGGAAAGCUUAUAUUGCUCUGUAUACAUGCGCUGUAACCAGAGCAGUGCAUCUGGAACUUGUGUCUAGCCAAACAGCAAACAAUUUUCUUCUAUCCUUUAGAAGAUUUAUUUCAAGAAGAGGAGUAUGUCGAAUAAUAUAUUCAGACAAUGCAAAAAUCUUCAAAAGAGCAGACAAGGAUUUACAAAAACUAUGGAAUACCAUCAAGGAUACAGAAGUUCAAAAUUAUUUUGGUAAUAAAGGUAUUGAGUGGAAAUUCAAUGUGGAGAAGGCGGCUUGGUAG